AUGACCGAACCUUACAUCAAGUCUGAGGGCUACAUCAAGCCCGACCCGGAGAAUUCUGGAUCGCCAGCUCAGGUGGAUGAGGAUGAUCUCUACGAAGAUGCCGGCGAUCUCGAAUUCUUUGACAAGAACGCGGCGAAUCGCGCCUUUGAGACGCUUUACCUUGCGCGCGUGCCUCGCUACAUGUGGGAUGCCUGGAUUAAGCUGACGGAGCGAUUGGGCGACGACGACGAGAUCCGGAUUGGAACUUUGCGCACCUGGACCGAGCAGAAGCCCGACGGCAGCGCAAAUACCAAGCUGAGAAUGCUUCUUUCCGAUCAAUGUCCUGAGCACCAGAUGCUGCCGCGCGAAUACGAUCUCGAAGUCCUCGAACCCAACGUCAACAAUCAUUUCAUCUUCAGCGAAGAAGAUUUGCCUGGCUACAAGGCGCAAAACAAGGCGCGACACGAGGCAGUCAACGCGGGCAUUCCGAACUCGCUCCUGAGGAAGCCCAACAACAACGGAGGCUCGGAUCGCCCCAGCUAUGAUCGGAGGAGCAGAUACCAACCAUAUUACCGCAAGGCUGUCCCUAAACGCACAAAGAUUUUCGGCAAGAUUCACUAUGAUGUUCGUGUCGAGCCUCGUGACGUGAGGGAAGAGGAGCGACUUCUCGCUCAGCGCCUGCAGGAUGCAGAGCAGUCCAAGUCGAAGCUCAAGAUUAUUAGCAGAAACAAGGCUUCGUCCAUUAUCAACCCUGGAGCUACCGGGUCAGCCAGCUGGGGAGGAAACUUUAUCAAAAACACUGCACCCAUCAACAAGCCCAAGAAGGGAGAGGUCUUCAAGGCUGCCCGUAUCCCCGAGAACCAGCUUCUGGAUCUCAUUUUCGAGUGUUUCCGUCAGUAUCAGUAUUGGUCCAUGAAGGCUUUGCGUCAGAAACUGCAACAGCCCGACCAGUACUUGCGUCAGGUGCUCGAGAAGGUGGCCGUACUCAACAAGAGUGGGCGAUUCGCAAAUCACUACUGUCUGAGCGAUGCCUACCGCGACAAGGGAGGUGCAGAGUCCAAGGAGGCGGCUGCCGAGCCCAUUGACGACGACGAUGACGAGGAGAUGGAGGAUGUCUUGCCUGUGUCUUAG